AUUAAUCGUUAAUUAAUAGUUUCUAUUGUUACUUUUGAAUGCCUACCAUAAAAGGAAUGGAGUCGAAGUAAGUGUCAACCGUGGUAAAUUUUUCGUUCUAGUAUCGUUUCUUCUAUUGUGUAAAUUUUUGGUACGAGAAACAGAACAAUUAUUUCAUUAGCUACAGUCCUCCUCAGUAUGUAUUGUUUUAAACAUGACCAGGUAUACUGGCAUGAUAAGUUCGUAAGUUAUAACAAGUGUAACAAUUGUGCAGUUAUGACGGAAAUUGUCGUGUUAAUUUGUAAAAAUCUUAAGCAUUCAAUUCACACUUUUUAUGAUCAGUAUAUGACAUGACGGAUGUAAAAAAAAUGUCAAACGAGAGUAAUGCUUUCCAUGAAGGUAGUGUAACUGAGUUGCGUUUAAAAAGGCGUCAGCAUGCAGCCGACUACGAUCACACCGAGUCGCUUCUUCAAAACUGUAUUAGAACUGAAGAAAAUGAUAUUUGGAACCAGGAAAAGAACAGAAAAUCAAUAGGCGAUGAUGAAACUAAUAUUAAGAGAUUGUUUACCAUAGAGGAAGUUCCUGAAUUUAUUAGACACAAUCCCUACAUUUUAUCCGGGUAUAGGGGAAUUUUGAAUGCCAAAUCUUGCAUUGAAAGUAUUUUUUGGUGGACAAACGAAACGAUAAACAUUUGGUCUCAUAUAUUUGGAUAUUGUUUAUUUGUUGCGUUAACCAUAAACGAUUUAAUAGUUUUACGUAUAGAUGCGCCCUUCUUAGAUAAAUUUAUGGUUGCCAUGUUGCUCUUUUCAUUCCAGACCACCAUGAUCGUAUCAGUUUUGUACCAUACGUUCUCAUGCCGGUCUGAAGAAGACAUGGCCAGUUUCUUGUGUUUCGACCUUUUAGGAAUUGCUUUAUCAUUGCUAUCGAUUUAUACGUCAGGAGUCUAUUACGCCUUUUGGUGUCACCAGGGCCUGCGACAAUUUUAUUUGCUAACCGUGACCCUUAUAUUUAUAUUAGCCAUGUCCUUGCAAAUACCAAGUUUUAAUGUCGACACCAAUAUAAAGAUGGCAACGUUCGUUAGCUGGGCAGCUUACGGGGUCAUACCAACUUUGCAUUGGACAAUUAGUAUGGGGGGGUUGGAGAAUCCUAUGGUCCGAUUAUUUCUUCCACGAGUUAUUGGAAUGUACACGAUAAGUGGGACCGCAUUUUUGAUUUAUAUUACGAAACUUCCUGAACGAUUUUUCGCGGGAAAAUUCGAUUUUUUAGGACAUUCCCACCAGUGGUGGCACAUGCUGGUUGUACUAGCCUUGUACUAUUGGCAUUCCACCGGAAUGAUGUACGUCGAAUACAGAAUGAACCACACAUGUGUAGAUAAUUUUAAUUACAUUUCUUAUGAAGCGUAAAAAAUUACGAAUUAAAUUUGUGUUAAUUAAAAUUAACUUCUCUUUCCCAAAAAUAUUUAUCUGGUACGUAUAACUUUUGGUAAUGGUAUCGGAAGGCAGUAAUCACUCUCAAAUAUAUUCUUCUCUGUACCAGUCUAUGUCUAUUGUUCGAUAACUGUUUAAUUGUUACAAUGUACCAUUUGUACCUACCAUUUUUUCUGUGAUAUGGUUUUUUUAUGAGUUUCACAAUAAAAUAUUUCUUCGUUUGUUUA